AAACAGCUCACGAUAAUAUUGCGUAUCUUUCUGCUUUCUUGUUAACUCAUUCGGAAUUUUCGGAAUUUUCUUCAUAGCAAAUUUCUAGGGUUUCAUCUCUUCUUCGGAAUUUUCUGAUUUAUUGGAGGAAAAGAUCGUAAUAUAUCGGAGAGCAUCGGAUUUAGAACAAAUUUCAAAUUUUAUAUUGUGAAUGAUCUAAUGGAGUCAAAAGGUGGGAAAAAGAAGUCCAGUAGUAGUUCCUUAUUUUACGAAGCUCCCCUCGGCUACAGCAUUGAAGACGUUCGACCAAACGGUGGAGUUAAGAAGUUCCGAUCUGCUGCAUACUCCAACUGCGCGCGCAAACCAUCCUGAUAUUCCCUAACCUUCCGUCCUUAACGCGUCAAUAGACGCAACCCAAAAAAAAAAAA